AUGAGGAGAGACUCUUUAUCAGGGACUGUAGUGAUUGGAUGUUCCUUUGUUUUUCUAGGAUCUAGUUCAGGAUCAAAAUUAAAAGUUCCUGAGCUGAGUAUAAAUGGCACACAGCACGUUGUUCAAGCAGGCCAGACUUUAAAUCUCACCUGCAGGGGGGAAAUGGUUCAUUCAUGGUCUUUGCCUGAAACACUAAGUAAGGAUAGCAAAAGGCUGAAAGUAAUUAAAUAUGCCUGUGGAAGGAAUGGGAAGCAGUCCUGCAGCAGUCUGACCUUGAGCAGAACUCAAGCAAGUGACACUGGAAACUAUAGCUGCAAAUAUCCAACAAGUCCAGCAAAAAAGAAGAAGGAAUCUACAGUCUACGUAUUUAUUAAUGAUACAGGCAAUCCAUUUGUAGAGAUGCACAGUGAUAUACCUAAAAUCAUACACAUGACUGUGGGAAGAGAAAUGAUCAUUCCUUGCAGGGUCACAGCACCAAACAUUGCUGUUACUUUAAAAAAGAUUCCACGAGAAACCCUAAUUCCUGAUGGCAAGACAAUAAUCUGGGACAGCACAAAAGGUUUCAGGAUACCUAAGGCAACCUAUAAAUUCAUAGGGCUCCUGAGCUGUGAGGCAACCGUCGGUGGACACAAGUACAGCACAAAAUACCUAACACACCGAGAAACCAACACAAUUUUUGAUGUUCAGUUAAGCACCCCACGUCUUGUCAAGAUGCUGAAAGGAGACAGCCUGGCAAUUAACUGCACUGUCACUGCAGCUUGGAAUACCAGAGUGCAGAUGACGUGGACUUAUCCUGGAGAGGGAAGGAGGAGAGCUUCUGUAAUGCAGCGCAUUGACCAGAAGAAUACAGAAGCCAAUAUUUUUUACAGCAUCCUCAUUGUUGACAAAGUGAGGGAUAUUGAUAAAGGCCAAUAUACCUGCCAUGUGAAGAGUGGGCCAUCAAUCAAAGCUGUUAACACAACAGUCAUUGUUUAUGACAAAAUGUUCAUUAAUUUGAAACGUCGAAGAAAAACUGCGCUGGAGACUGUAGCUGGAAGAAAAUCCUAUCGUUUGUCAAUGAAAGUGAAGGCAUUUCCCUCUCCAGAGGUUAUAUGGUUAAAAGAUGGGCUACCUGCUGCGGAGAAGUGCGCCCGGUACAUGGUUAAAGACUACUCGUUAAUCAUAAAGGAUGUUGCUGAGGAAGAUGCUGGAAACUACACUAUAAUACUGAGCAUACGGCAGUGGAACUUGUCUAAGAAUCAUACAGUCACUCUCAGAGUAAAUGUGAAACCCCAGAUAUAUGAAAAUGCUGUGUCAUCGUUCCCUGAUCCCAAUCCAUAUCUACUGAGCAGCAAGCAAGUGCUGACGUGCACCGUGUAUGGUAUUCCUCCGCCUAAAAUUAUGUGGAUGUGGUAUCCCUGUAGACAAAACCAUUCCAAAACAAGGCAUGGAUUUUGCUUUUAUACUGAAGGCUCUUUUGUCCUGAAAGCUGGCAGCAACAUGGGAAACAGGAUCCAGAGCAUCACUGAGAGAACAGCUGUAAUAGAGGGCAAAAAUAAGACUGCUAGCACUCUUGUUGUAGCUGAAGCCAAAUCUUCUGGAAUCUACAGCUGUGUGGCAUCCAAUAAAGUGGGAAAAGCUGAAAGAAAUGUCAGCUUUAUUGUAACAGACAUACCGAGUGGAUUCCAUAUUAGUUUGGAAAAAAUUCCCAUUGAAGGAGAGAAUUUGAUACUGUCCUGUUCGGCCAACAAAUUCCUGUACAAAGACAUUGCUUGGAUUUUGCCAAGAACGGACAACAACCAAACAAAAGUAAGAAGGUCUCUCAACAAGGAGUACUCCAUCACCCUCACUCUGACCAUCAAGAACGUUUCCCUGGCACACUCGGGCACCUAUGCCUGCCGAGCAAGGAACAUAUACACGGGGAAAGAAGUGCUUCAAAAGAAAGACAUUACAAUCAGAGCUCAAGAGGCACCAGCCCUGCUGCGGCAUCUUACGGAUCAGACAGUGAACUCCAGUAAUUCUGCCAUACUGGAAUGCCAGGUUCGUGGCGUCCCUGAGCCCCAGAUAUCCUGGUUUAAAAACCAUGAGGAAAUACAGCAACAAUCAGGAAUAAUUUUAGGGCCUGGAAGCCGAAUGCUGUUUAUUGAAAGAGUAAAAGAGGAGGAUGAAGGACUUUACCAGUGCAUAGCCACCAACUUAAAAGGGUCUGUGGAGAGUGCAGCAUAUGUCACAGUACAAGGCACAUCGGAGAGGUCAAACCUGGAGCUAAUAACCCUGACCUGUACCUGCGUGGCUGCGACACUAUUUUGGCUCCUGUUGACCCUCUUCAUUCGCAAGCUGAAGAGGCCUUAUUCCUCUGAAAUGAAGACCAACCAUUAUCUGUCAAUCAUAAUGGAUCCUGAUGAAGUCCCCUUAGAUGAACAGUGUGAACGUCUACCUUAUGAUGCCAGCAAGUGGGAAAUUGCAAGGGAAAGGCUUAAACUAGGAAAGUCUCUUGGACAUGGAGCCUUUGGAAAGGUGGUACAAGCAUCUGCUUUUGGAAUCAAGAAAUCACCAACAUGCAGAAUAGUUGCUGUGAAAAUGCUGAAAGAAGGGGCCACAGCAAGUGAGUACAAAGCACUGAUGACUGAGCUGAAAAUCCUGAUCCACAUUGGUCAUCAUCUCAACAUUGUGAAUUUGCUGGGAGCUUGCACAAAAAAUGGAGGGCCUCUGAUGGUGAUUGUUGAAUACUGCAAGUAUGGGAAUUUAUCAAACUACCUGAAGAGCAAGAGGAAUUUUUUCUGCCCUAACAAGGACUCCUCUCUGCAAGGAGAGCCAAUGAAAGAGAAAAAGGAUAUUGAGUCAGUGGAAGGCAAAAAACAAAGGCUGGCCAGUGUCACCAGCAGCGAGAGCUUCGCGAGCUCUGGGUUCCAGGAAGAUAAAAGUCUGAGUGAUGUGGAGGAGGAUGAAGAGGAUGCUGAUGAACUCUGCAAACUUCCCCUCACUAUGGAGGACUUGAUCUCCUACAGCUUUCAAGUGGCCCGAGGCAUGGAAUUCCUCUCCUCCAGAAAGUGCAUUCAUCGUGACCUGGCAGCCAGGAACAUCCUUUUAUCUGAGAACAAUGUUGUGAAGAUCUGUGAUUUUGGCCUCGCAAGAGAUAUUUAUAAGAAUCCUGAUUAUGUGAGAAAAGGAGAUGCUCGACUUCCUCUCAAGUGGAUGGCUCCAGAAUCCAUAUUUGAUAAAAUCUACAAUACAAAAAGUGACGUGUGGUCCUAUGGGGUCUUGCUGUGGGAGAUAUUUUCCUUGGGUGCCUCUCCUUACCCCGGAGUCCAAAUAGACGAGGAUUUCUGCAGCAGGCUAAAGGAAGGCAUAAGAAUGCGAGCCCCGGAGCAAGCAACUGAGGAGAUCUACCAAAUCAUGCUGGACUGCUGGCAAAACAACCCCAAUGACAGACCAAGGUUCUCUGAGCUCGUGAAAAAGCUGGGUGACCUGCUCCAAGCAAAUGUCCAGCAGGAAGGGAAAGACUACAUACCCCUCAAUACCGUGUUUACAACAGAAAGUGGGUUGCCCCCUGCAUCUGAUCCUUUAUGCAAUGAAAAAUUCUCUGUUACAAGUACAAAUUGUGGAAGCACUGAGAAUAUCAGAUACAUAAACACUUUCAAAAUAAACCCUCCCCAGCGCAUGAAGACAUUUGAAGAGCUUCCCAUCAAGGAACCGCUUGUGUUUAAUGAUUAUCAAGCAGACAGUGGGAUGGUGCUGGCUCGAGAAGAACUGAAACGAUUCACAUGGACAGGAAGCAAGCAGAAAUGGACACUCUUUGGUGUAAAAGGUGCCAGCAGGAGCAAGGAGUCUGUGCUUUCUGGAAGAAUCAAGCCAAGAAGCUUCUGCAGUUUCAGCUGUGAUCAGCUCAGCGACUCUGAGCGGAGGCAUACAUAUGGUAACACAGCACUGGAGAAAAUGAAAGCAAACCAUUCUCCCCCUCCUGACUACAACUCUAUCAACCUUUAUUCUCAGCCACCUGUUUAAAUACUUCUAGGCCAAGAUUUAAAUACGCAUUGAAUCCUGAAACGUUCUUCUGAAACACUGUCAGUUUAAAAACUUUCAUUCAUUUAAUUUUCUUUAUCCAAAAAUUCAAAAAGGUGUCACUGGCUUUACCUUAGUGAUCUGCUUUUCCACAGGCUGCAACAAGCAUAUUAAAAUACAGCAAAAUACUAAUGCUUACAGAAUCACAGAACAGCAGGGGUUGGAAAGGACCUCUGGGGAUCAUCCCAUCGAUCCUGUUCCAUGUCUCUCUGUCUCUUGACCAGUUCCAUCCCUCUCUCCUGACAAAGCAGGUUCACCUAGGACAGUUUGCAAAGAAACACAUCCAGGCAGAUUUUUAUUAUCUCCAGAAAACGAAACUGCAUGGCUUCUCUGGGCAGCUCUGUCAACCUCUAAGCUUUUCCUUAUGUUCAGAUGGAACUUACUAGGUUCCACUCUGUGCCCAUUUCUCCUUGUCCUGUCACUGGCCACCACUGAAAUUAGUCUGCCUCCAACCUCUACAUAUUUAUAGGCAGUGGUAAGAUCCCCUCUUGUAAGAGAAAUGCUCCAGUCCCCUAAUUAUCUUCAGGGUCUUUCAUUAGAUUCUUUCCAGUAGUUUUUUUGUCUUUAUUGGACUAGGGAAUCCAGAAUUGGACGCAAAACUCCAGAUGUGGUCUCACUUGGGCAGAGGGAGAGAACAUCCCUCAACCUGCUGGCCACACACUUCUUAAUGCACCCCAGGAUACCACUGACCUUCUUGGACACUGCUAGCACAUGGUGAACUUUGGCUUAGACUUUCACUUUCCCAAUGCUUGAACACUGACAGCUGCCAUUAGAAUUGCCCAGUGCUUCUGAAAAAUCUGGUCAUCAUUACAGAGAAAACCAGUUCCCUGUUUGGUCCCUGACAGCAGAACUGUAUUUCAUGCUUUAGUCAUGGGCUUUGCUAUGACUUGGGUGCUGCACUGGUGUCCUAGUUGGACACUAACUGGGCAGCCCUCCAGAACCCCUACCUCAUACACAGGGGAAUCUGGGGCCUACAUAGUGCUGGAAGCCAUUUUUGGAUGAUAAAUGCGUUAAGGAGGCUCGCAAGGCAAGACUUCCAACUUUGUGUUGCAAAACACAAUUGGCCAGGAUAGAGGAGAACUAAGAUCAGAGGAAGCAAGAACAGGGAAUACAAAUCUGGUUUGGACAAGCCUGCUGAAAUCAAGUAAAUACUCUUGAAGUUUUGCACUUUGUCAGUAUGCCAACAGACACACUGGAACCAAACCACAAGCUAGAUAUGUCAAAGCCAAGCUCUGUCCAUGAAACCUCAUGAACUUUCUAACACUGCACUGAUUACAUUUUACUUAGGGGAAUCUGUCUAACAGACAGGAUGGCUACUAAACCGCACAUACCUUAAAUGAAUUAUCACUAGAGAGUUUGAAAAGAUUAGUUAGAAAAGACAAGACACUCUCUUUAGAAAGUUAGGGCAGCUUUUCUGUGAAAACAGUCAAAUUUCCAUGUUACCAGUUAAUAUGUACAAGAAUAAAAAUAUACUAUUCUCUAACUAUAGCACAGCACCUCAGCAAGGGCAUGAGUGUUCUUUGCUCAAGAAGUGUAAGGAUGCACCAUCCCCUUUGAAUGCAGUAUUAAAAUGAGAGCUGGCCACUGAACACAGUAGCACUGAUGUCUUCCAAUUCAGUAACUACUGCCCAAGCUCAGCCACUCAUGGUCCACUAUAAACAUGCAUUAAUUCAAAUGCUGUAAUAUGGUUCUGACCUCUUAUAAUUCAGCUUAGGGGCUGUGAAUUUAACCCACUAAUAGAUUUAAAGGCAAAUGACCUUUUGCGUGUUUACAAAGAAAAAUUAUCUUGGGAAUUAAUGAAAAACGUAACACUACUUCUAAGUAUCAAUGCUAGGCCUUCCUGACCAAGUAUCUAUUGCACUGUUUCUUGCUGGUAAAGUAUAUUUGAUCUUGUUCAAAACAAAAGGAAAGUUUAAGAAUUGCUUAACUCCAGAUGAGCAAAAAUUAGUCAUGGGAUGAUGCAUUUCAAAGAAAAUGUUUGCACAGUGUAAAUAUAUAAAUACGCUUUUUUAAAUAUUUAAGAAAACUGGAUUGCAAAGAUUAGUUUUAUAUGAACUCCUUCAGUUUCUUCAGAUGUGAAUAACUCUUAUUUUGCCUUGCAUUUUCUGUCUUCAUGUAAUGUAUUUGGCUG